AUGAGUCCCAAAGUUGCAGUGGUUACCGGAGCAAAUAAAGGCCUUGGUUUUGCAAUAGUCCGCGGACUUUGCAAGCGUGUCGAUGUAGUUUAUUUAACGUCGCGUGAUGAAGAACGUGGUAAAAAAGCGGUGGCCGAGCUCAACAAAGAAGGUUUAAACCCAAAGUAUCAUCAGUUAGACAUAACCGUAAAGAAGAGUGUGGAAAUUUUUCGCGACUACAUCAAAGAGAAAUAUGGUGGAAUUGAUAUUUUAGUAAAUAAUGCAGCUAUUGCUUUUAAAACUAACUCGACCGAACCAGUCGCUGUGCAAGCGGCAGAAACUUUACGAGUUAAUUAUUUUUCCGUACUUACAACCUGUGAAAUACUGUUUCCGAUACUAAGAAAUGGUGCUAGGGUUGUCAAUAUUUCGAGUUCUUGCGGUCAUUUGAGUCACAUACCUAGUGAGUCUCUAAGAAAUCGUUUUAAGGAUCCCAACCUAACUAUUCCUGAGCUUUCGGAUCUUAUGAAUAAGUACAUUGAGGAUGCCAAAAAAGGUACUCAGGCUGCUGAGUGGGGAAACUCUUCAUAUGUGGUAUCAAAAGUUGGCUUAACAGCCUUAACCAUGAUUCAGCAGAGAUUGCUAAAUGAUAAAGACAUUAAAGUGAAUGCUGUACACCCUGGUUGGGUGGAUACAGACAUGUCAUCCCACAAAGGCAAGCUGUCAAUUGAUGAAGGUGCAGUUGCACCACUUUUCCUUGCACUGGACGCCCCUGAUUCUGUACGAGGUCAAUAUGUGUGGUCUGACAAGAGGAUUGUCAAUUGGGAUGGGCAAAGGCCACAAGAAGUGUAUUAG